CAACAAGCCUGUGCAGUUCUGCAGGCUGGGGGAAGAGUGGCUGGGAAGCUGCCGGGCAGAGAAGGAGCUGGGGGUGUUGGUGACAGCAGCUGAGCAUGAGCCAGCAGUGGCCCAGAUGGCCAAGGGGGCCAGUGGCAUCCUGGCUUGGGUCAGAAACAGCGUGGCCAGCAGGACCAGGGUGGGGAUGGUGCCCCUGUGCUCAGCGCUGGUGACACUGCACCUGGAAUACUGUGUUCUGCUCUGGGCCCCUCGCUACAAGAAGAAUGUUGAGGCUCUGGAGCACGUCCAGAGAAGAGCAAUGAAGCUGGUGAGGGGGCUGGAGAACAAGUCUAACGAGGAGCAGCUGAGGGAACUGGAGUUGUUUAGCCUUGAGAAAGAGGGGGCUGAGGGGAGACCUCAUUGCUCUCUACAACUACCUGAAAGGAGGUUGCGGAGAGGAGGGAGCUGGCCUCUCUUCCCAAGUGACAGGGGAGGGGACAAGGGGGAAUGGCCUCAAGCAGCGCCAGGGGAGGUUCAGACUGGAUAUUGGGGAAAAAUUUCUUUCCCAGGCGGGUUCUCGGGCACUGGCAGAGGCUGCCCAGGAAGGCGGCAGGGUCCCCGUCCACGGAGGUGUUUAGAGACGGGGAGGUGAGGUGCUCGGGGUGGUUUAGGAGAGGACAGGUGGGUUGGACCCGCUGUUCUCCAAGAUCCACGCGGUUCGGCGCCCCGCCCGGCUCCGUCUCUGCGCCGGUCGCGGUGUGAGGCCGGGCGGGAGGUACAGCCCCGGGGUGGAGCCGCCGCUUUCGCGCGCAGUCGGGUCUGCGGCCCCCGCGCCGCCAUGGCCGCGCCAGCCCUGCCCGGCUACUCGCCCGGCUUCAAGAAGCCGCCGGCCCUGCUGCGGCUCAAACGCAAGCGGCUGCGGAGCGCAGAGACACCCCUGGCCGCCCCCGGCCCCGCCGCCCCCCGGCGCCGCCCCGCCGCCCCGAGGAACCCCUUCUGCUGCGGGGAGCCCGCCCGCCCCCAGCUUUUAGAGUCUGUUUGUGAAGAUAAGCUCACCACGAAAGCAGAGCCCUUUGAAAGAACCGACAUCCUUCCUCUAAUCGAUGACUUUCAUUUACCUCUUGCCGUACCCGAAGUUCCCUCCUCACCAAGACACGAAUUUCCUGCAGACUGGAGUAUUAAAACACGACUUCUAUUUAUGUCUUCCCAACCAUUUACCUGGGCAGAGCAUUUAAAAGCACAAGAAGAAGCUCAAGGAUUUACACAGCAUUGCAGAGCUACAGAAACAAACUUGCCACAGAGUGUACAGGAACCAAAACUGUCCACAGAACUGCGUUGUGCCUUUCAGCAGAGCCUUGUUUACUGGCUUCACCCGUCACUGCCGUGGCUGCAGCUGUUCCCUCGGAUUGGAGCAGAUAGAAAACUAGCAGGAAAGGCUAGUCCUUGGUCACAGGAUGAAGCUUUGCAGCAAGUGCUGAUGAGCGACUGGUCUGUCAGCUUUACUUCUCUGUACAAUCUGCUCAAAGCCAAACUGUGUCCUUACUUCUAUGUAUGUACCUACCAGUUUACCGUCCUGUUCCGUGCAGCUGGUCUUGCAGGAAGUGACGUUCUCACAGCUGUCAUUUCUCCCACUACUAGAGGUCUAAGGGAAGCCAUGAGAAAUGAAGGCAUAGAGUUUUCUUUACCUUUGCUAGAAGAAAGUAGAACCAGGAAACAAAAAAACUCUGAAAUGAAUUUAGAAAUGGAAGCUGCUGAUGGCCUUGAAGUGGGCAACACUACGGAAGAUGGACAGGAACCAGCUCCAAGUGAUGAUGAUGAUGAUGAUGAAAGUUUCUCUUGGCUUGAGGAGAUGGGAGUCCAAGACAAGGUUAAGAAACCAGAUGCUAUUUCUAUUAAACUUCGUAAGGAGAAGCAUGAGGUGCAGAUGGAUCACAAACCCGAAUCCCUUGCAUUAGUGAAAGGAACAAACACAUUCACCUUGCUGAACUUCUUGAUAAACUGCAAGAGCCUAGUGGCUGUUGCAGGUGCACAAGCAGGGCUCCCACCAACUUUGCUGUCCCCCGUUGCUUUCCGAGGUGGGACAAUGCAGACGCUCAAAGCACGAAGUAUAAAUGCCAAAGCCAGGGUUCACCUGGCAUAUGAGGAUAUAUUCAGUCUGGAGAUCAUAGGCCCUGUCAUGCCUCAUUCUCUGCAUGCGCUGACGAUGCUGCUCAGAUCCGCACAGAGGGGUGCGUUCUCUGCUGUGUUGUACACUCACGAGCCCACUGCCGUGUUUAACACUGAUCUUCACUGUGCAAGCUCUGCCUUUAAUCAGGAAACCAUAUGCAAAGAUCUUCCUGCUUGUGGACUGCAUACCAAGACUUUGGAUCAACUGAGCCAGUGUCCAACACUGGGAAAAUCUUCCAUCCGAUUUUUAGAAAUGAAGGAUUAUGCUUAUACCUGGAAGUCCUAGGUAUGCUAGUUCCAUUUAAUGGAAAAGAAUGCUCUCUAGUGGGCGGUUGCUGUGUUUCCUUUGGGUCUACACAGGGAGCACCUACGCGGUACUGGGAGGGACAUAAUCUAGUUGCACGUCACAGCCAACAGCUAUUGCACAUCCCCCAUCAUAAAACACUUCAAAGGACUCCUGAAGGAAAUUAAGGAAGAGGCUUUUUUUGUGUUUUAGGAAGCUUUUUUUUAAAAUAAAACUUGAUAAAACAUGAUUAUUUUAUUGGUCUAAAUCACGUCUGUAAGCUCUGUAUUCUUCACGCACGUGCAAAUUCUAUUCUGAAGUACAAAACUUCUGCCACUGCUCUGUGGAUAGGUGGAAUUCUUGGCAAAAUGCCUUCCAAAACUGCAAAGAGCACCUCGCCAGAAGCUUGAUAAAUACAUCUUGGUAUGUUGCACCUCUUGCUUUAGUCAGCUCUAAACUCCACUACAAUAGAUGAAAAGGAGAUGGCCACAAGCACAGAGUUCUGGCUGCAGCCGAAUUGGAUUCAAAGGUUAAGAUUCCUCGGAAUUACUUGGCCUAGCUGUCUAAUAUUCCCAUACCCACUGGCAUUAAAAUGAGCUAGACUUUUUAAAAGGAAUUUGUACAAGCGCUAAUGUGAAUCAGAACAACUUGGAGCAAUAAUUUAGCUGCACCAUGUGCCUGAAGAGAGAGAAAAUGAGAAGCAGCAAGGGGCUGCCAGCCUGACCAUAUGUCCAGAACAAGAGCAGAGUCUGUUAACAGGCUUAAUGCAGUCUGCUUCACCUCAGGUAGUCACAGCUGUCAUGCUGGAGGCGUGUAGUUUGCCUCCUACACAGCUAUUGGGUGAUCAGAUUUCCGCAGCAGAGAAUAGCGAAUCUGAAGAGCAGGACGUAGAACAGUCAUGUUUGUGCACUCCAGCAAGAUUCCUGUUUGACUGUGCACAGAAAAUAAAGCAGUGCUCACGCCACGUGGCCCUCUCCCCUCAUGUCUUUGCAACAGGGCUGCUCUGCUCAUCACCCCAGUCUGUGAUACUGAAACAGUAGUUCAACUGUAGCCAGGUCCUACUUGAGGAAACAACCUGUAAACUUAGUGGGCAUGUAAACAACUUACUGCAGACUGUGGCACAAUAAAAGCUUUCUGUGCCUCCCAGUUCUUUUAUAUCAACAUCACUUGAAGCUUCCCACCCUAAGAACACAGCGUGUACACAAUGACACUGGAACACUUCUGUUUACAGUUGUUACUUUGCAGUGACUACCUCGAUGCUGUCAGCCUGGUGGUACGCUGACCAAGACAACAUCUAGCAAACCUAGAUAAAACCCAUCUCUUCUGAUGGCAGAAGGGACCUUAGAAUAUGAAAUACUUUGAUAAUGUCAAAUACUCUGUUGCUGGUGGAGUUCAGAGCAGUACAAUCUGACUUUAAUUAAUCUUGAAGGUUCUCUCUAACUAAUCCAGAAGCAAGUUGCUGAACUUUUUCCCCUUUGAUUACUAUCAAACACCAGGAGUGAAAAUCCAGUGCUAAUGGCAGCACAGGCAAAUGGCAGAAGACUGGAUUUCUAAAGCAGCUGGUGUGUCAACUACACUUCUAGUCUGUCACUUCUAGUGUGUCACUUCUAGUCACUUUUAAGAGAGAACAGAUAAACCUGCCUUUUGAACCUGCUCCAUCAGUCACAGCUCCUGCUGCUGGGCUUUGCAGUCUGUUGCCAGCUCACCGUCAGCGCAAGACAAGACGACAGGUCAACAACAGCAGUUCUCGCAGCCACCACAUUCUGCUGCACUGACCAGCGUGCGGUUCCCCUGCCAUUACAGGGGUGAGCCCUUCUGAAAGCUGCUCCGGACCUCAGAGCCCACAGCCUCAGCCCUGAAGCAGCACCUUCCGGGCAUGUGCACAGGGAACAGGCCCACUCAGAGCAUGUUAGCACAGGGAAUGAGUUACUGAAAGCAACAGGGAAAAGCAAUUCUUUAGAUGCCUCUAUGGGAAUAUAAUUUCAGUCAAGCCAGUAACUGUGCUGGUAUGUAGGCAGAAGGCUGUCUGCUUCUAGGAAAUACAAUUACUAUUGUCAAUUCCAGUUUAUCCUUUCUCAUCUGGCAUGUUAGAGUUAUGGAUAGACAGUGAUGCCAGUUAAUAGCUGGCAGUUAUAUACAAAAAAUGAAUUGCAAUUACAUUCUUGUAGUCCCGAACUGUGCAAUUUCAAAAAUCUACCACCGAAUUCUUUAUAGAAUCAUAGUCCCUAGGUUGGAAAAGACCUUUGAGAUCAAGUCCAACCGCAUCUAUCACCCUACUAAAACAGAUCCCUGAGCACCCCAUCUCCCCAUCUUCUAAACACCUCCCAGGAUGGUGACUCCACUGCCUCCCUGGGCUCUGCCAGUGCCCAAGAACCUUUUCAGUUAAGUUUUUCCGGAUGUCCAACCCACUUUGCACCAGUCCUCUAGCUGUAUCUCCUUGUACUUCCAGCUGCCUGUUGGUUCCAAGUCAUUGCUUUGCCUGUAAUUCCAGAAGCCCAUGCUGGUUGCUUACGGCUCUGGGAUUCAUUGCUGCUCUGGAAGCAUGUCUGGCUCCACUCGACUAUCCCUACAGAAGUUACAGCAUCACACCACCCCCUCUGCUGCUCUUCUUCCUAAAGGUUCUUUCAGUAACUACUACCAUUGUUCCAGACACUUGAGGAGCGGUAAAGUUCACUUAUUUAACCUGUCCAAACGGGUGAACUUUAAUCACAACUCUGAUUUGUUGGGGAGAGCCGGACAUUGUAGCAGUUGAUUAAGACUUUAUAUAGUUUUCGCACUUCAAGAGGCAAUUUCCAAUUUUCCAAGGCACAGGACCUUGUGGGAGGUGUCCCUGCCCAUGGCAGGGGAGGGUGGGACUGCAUGAUCUUUAUGGUCCCUUCCAACUCAAGCCAUUCUGUGAUUCUAUGAACUUCACCUUCAUGCUCCUCCAGUCCUAACUAUUUAAAAACUACCAAUUAGAAGAUUGCCAAGGAAUCGUUCUGGUGGAAGCUGGCUAUAGGUUCUCGGGCCCCUGUUUCAAAAUGCUCGUUGCCACAGGGAAAUGAGAGCACUUUCAGCGAGGUUCCUUCCAGGAAUAUAAUUCUGCAGCAAAAGGAAACCCAAGAGCCAAAUGGAUCGUGUCUUCUAUCAGCAGGAGUCACAGACUAUUCACCUUUAAGACAGCUAAAAGCGCUGCAUAAAUAACCAGGUUCCAAGAGAGUGUUUCCUAGUUGCUCUUUUUAAUAUAUCACUACUUAUCUAUUCCUGCAUGCAAAGGACACUCAGAUGAAUUCAACUUUACAAAAUUUAACAGAAGCACAUCGCUGCGCUAGCUUUAGAUUCAUGUAUCAUUCUAAACAACAAGGAAUGAAACUGGAACAGAAACCUCAAAAACAAGAACUGUCAUAAUUAGGGCAUUACAGACCUUAAUUGUUUUUUCGCAAAUCCUCCUUAAGAUCAAAGGUUAAAUCCACAUACAGUCUCACCACAUCUUUAAGGUAUGGAAUCCAAAACUUGCCUAAAUACUUCCCAGAGUCUUCAACGGGACUGGAUUCAUCUGCUCCUGCUGCUGCGAGAUAACACAGAUCUUUACAUUACACAUAGGGAAGAGACCAAAAAUGGAAUAAACCAACAAGUACAAGAGAUUGUGUGUUCCUAGAUUUGAUACCAUACAGCUGUGAAACCGGGACACCGCAGACUAAACAGAACCAUCAACAUAGCUGAUGUUUUAGCUUUGCCAAACCAGACGUUUAAACAGAAGUCUGAUUAGGAGCUGCUCCUACUUAAUUACUUUAAGUUGUACAUCAAAAAGCCAGGCGAGGCUAAGACAGACACAAAGCCCACUUCUCCCACAAUACAUCUUUCCAUUGCUGUACCAUCGUAUUUACUUCUGGUUUUAACACACAUCUUCCAACUCCUUCAGCAAACGAGGCAAGGAGAUCUUCAAAUACUUAAUCAAAGACUGAAGGCGAGAAGCCAAAGGGAAAAAAAGUUUAAUUAAAGACAACUACCUCCAUGAAAAUUAAGAUUAACUUAGGCAUUUAUAGAGAGCUUUGACAGAUUAAUAAAGGGCUUUAUUUCUCCAAGUGUGUGGUGGGGAACCAACUACCAUUUCUUUGCCGUACACGUGAGCCAUCGAUCCUUGUCCUUUUAGGGCAGACAGACCCCUUGUUCUGUAGCAGCUAAUGGAAUACACACGAGUCGCUUCACUUUGUGGAAGAAGAGGUACUGUCAAUGCUUCACCUCCAUGCUGUUACUCCCACUGCAGAGGUUACUCACUUUAGGCCCAAGUGCAGCCUUACUGCGUGCAAACUGCACUGGUUCGUGUCCCCAUCAGAGCUCUGAUCGGGUGUGACACAAAGAGACCUCAAAAAGGCUUUUCCAAAAUAAGCCCCUGAACUAUUGGAGGCAUUAAAUCCCGGCAAUCUGCUUGCAGCUCAGACAAUCUGGCAAGAGGUGUACAAUGCCCUUCCUAAUUCAAAGUGUACAUCACUAAAGUACUAAUACUUCUUAAAUUAAAAAGAAAAAAAAAACAGAAAAGGAAAAGCUUUCUAUAUCCUCUCCCUCGUCAAACUGCCGAAACUCUGGCUCAGGCUGUCUCCUUGAGGGCACAGUACCGUUACAGAAAAUUUCAGCCCAAGGAGUUAAUUUGGUAAUAGGCCAAAGGAACAAAAAACCUGAUUCUGCAACCCUGACAGCUGCCAAUAAUCUUCAUAAAGCAUACUUUUAAGUCUGUGCGUUUCUUUGAAAACUCGUUUUGGCAUACAUUUUAAUUACUGCUUACUGACCAGUGAUUAAGAUUAUGAACUUGUGCUGCUUUAUUGACCAAGUUGGGUACACAAUUUAAGCAUCGUUCUAUCCCCUCCCUCCCGCCCGAAUCCAGUUGUAGAUUUGUUAGAGUUUAAAAUUCACAUUAACCACAAAUUCAUACAAUCAACAUCAGGCAGUGUGUUAAAUUUGUUUGGAAUAGACAACUCCAUCGUCUCCCUUCUCAGAACAUGCAGGGAGAGUCACCUUUCCACCACAAGUCUCAUCGGUUCCAUUGCUGGACUUUCUGCCAUCCCUUGGAAAGCAAGCCUUUUGCCUAAUCGUGCAUCCUAGAACAUGGGCUGUACGUGCGUGGCGCGGCGCCCGGUUGAACCCCCAAAGUGAAUUCAGAGAGAAGCUGCAGCGCUAAUAACACUGCUCACCAGGGCUCCCGCCACGCGGCUUCUCCCGGGGACAGCGGUACUGGCCCAGUAUCUGCCCAGCAGUACCCGCCAGCCUCGACUCGCCUAAGGAAAGCUGCACGUCCUUUUACCGGCCGUGGGCAAAAGGGCAGGAGGAGCUUUACCGAGACCAGGGAAAACUGCAGCAUAGUACAAAACAGUAUGAAAGAGUUAACAUUCCAUAUUGAAGAGAAAUUGCAUGACUUUUAAAACAAGGGUUUAGAUUACUGAUGCCUCCAGAGUCUGUCGUCUGAUUUAGUCAUUUAAGAAAUAAUUACAUCACUAAUGUAAACAAUAUAAACAUACCAAAAACUAAGUAUGAUUUAAAUACAUUUUGAUGGUACAAAAGAAAAACCUGAAGGUGUCUGUACAGUUUUUACAAUGUGGGAAUUGCCGAUGUAUUUACAACAUGAAAGGGCAAAUACCAUUUUUGU